AUGAAGUCUCAACUACGGAAGAUGUGGAUCGACAGUAUUCGGCGCCAAGUCAAGAACUGCAAGUCUCAGAAGUCGACGUUCAAGCUGCAAGCUCCGAAGCGACCAACACUGGUGCAAUGGAUUACAUACGCGUGGUUUGGAUUGUCCGAAGCCAUCAUCACCAACGGGUUUGCGAAAUGCAAGAUUGUCCAUCAAGAUAAAGCACUGGACGAAACUGUCGAAACUACGACCGACCGCCCCGUGAACGAGGACCCACGGAAUCGAACAGCAGACGUGGCCUCCGCGCGACUCACAGACUUGUGCCGCCAAACACACAACACGACUGGUGCCGCCUGA